AUGUCCACAUCAACUACAACAAAGGACCCUGCUCUGGUGGAUACAUAUGGCAACCCAUUCCAGAUCCCGAAUUACACCAUGACCGACGUCCGAAACGCGAUACCAAAACAUUGCUUCGAACGAAGUGCCGUCACUGGUCUAUACUACGUUGCAAAAGACCUAUUACUGCUGGCAAGCACUUUUUACCUAUUCAAUCGCUUUGUCACUCCAGAAUACGUACCAUGGAGCUACGCCAGAGCUGGUCUUUGGUUCUGCUAUACCGUCCUCCAGGGUUUCUUCGGUACUGGUCUCUGGAUCAUGGCUCAUGAAUGCGGACAUCAGUCCUUCUCUCCCAAUAAGGCUCUCAACGAUUCUGUUGGCUGGGUCUGUCACUCAAUUCUUCUGGUGCCAUAUUUCUCAUGGAAGAUCUCUCACCGAAAGCACCAUCAGGCUACUGGCAACAUGGAACGGGAUAUGGCAUUCGUACCUUUGUCCAAGGAGGAAUAUGUGGCUCAGCCUUGGCACCGACAAGCUCUUCAGAACCUUGAAGAGCUUACGGAGGAAACUCCGAUCAUGACAGCGGUACAGAUGAUUGCACAUCAGCUGAUCGGCUGGCCGCUUUACUUAUUCACCAACGCAUCUGGUCACAACAACCAUGAGAAGCAACGCGAAGGACGUGGCAAAGGCAAGGCCAACGGCUUUGGUGGCGGUGUCAACCAUUUUGACUCCGCAAGCCCUCUUUACGAGCAACGAGAUGCUCCUUAUAUCUUGCUCAGCGACCUCGGGUUAUUGAUAACGACUUGUGUUCUGGUGCACGUUGGUCGCACCUAUGGCUUCCACAACUUGUUCGUCUGGUAUAUUGCUCCUUAUCUCUGGGUGAACCACUGGCUGGUUGCUAUCACUUUCCUGCAACACACUGACCCGUCCCUACCACACUAUACUGGUAGUAGCUGGACCUCUGUCCGCGGUGCAGCUGCAACUAUCGACCGUGAAUUCGGCUUCAUUGGCAGGAGCUUGAUGCAUGGGAUCGUCGAGACCCAUGUUCUACACCAUCACAUCAGUACCAUCCCGUUUUAUCACGCAGACGAAGCCACCGAAGCCAUCAAGAAGGUCAUGGGUGAUCACUAUCGAAGUGACACCAAGGAUGGCAGUAUUGGAUUCGUCAAAUCUCUAUGGAAGAGCUUCAGAUGGUGCAAUUGGGUCGAACCCGUCGAAGGCUCAACGGGUGAUGCUGGUGGUGUUCUGUUCUUCCGCAACAGGAACGGCCUCGGUGUCGGACAGUCAAAUUGCUCGAACACUGUGGCUCUCACGCAAUAG